AUGUUUGGUAGAUUACCUGGUAGUGUGAGCAAUAAAAUUGAAGGAACGAUGAGUAAGAAGAUUACAAGUGAUCCUUAUGUUUCAAUUUCAGUUUCAAAUGUUGUGACUGGAACGACCUUUGUCAUUAGCAACAGUGAAAAUCCUGCUUGGACUCAACAUUUCUAUGUUCCUGUCAUGCAUAAUGCUGCUGAAGUGCACUUCGUGGUUAUAGAAAAUAAUGUAGCUAUUAGUGGAAUUCACACGCAUGCUGGUCCCGGGGGUUAUCUCCAGUAUGUUGUGUAUAUCGUAACAUCUCUUGGAUUCGUUCGCCAGUCAUUUGAUGUUCUUGUCAAUGGCAUUGAGAAAAGCAUUGUCCAGGCCCAUGAAAAUCUCCGCCCAGGAUCAAUUUUUGUCAAUAAGGGUGAGAUUUUAGAUGUUGGUGUUAAUCUCAGUCCUAGUGGUUAUCUCAACAAUCCUGCUGAAGAGAGAAGCAAAUAUAGAUAUAAUGUCGAUAAAGAAAUGUCUCUUUUAAAGUUUGUUGAUGAUGAGUGGGGUCCUGUGGGAAGUUUCAAUUGGUUUGCUACUCAUGGGACUUCAAUGAGUCGUACAAGCUCAUUAGUUAGCGGGGAUAAUAAGGGUGUUGCUGCACGAUUUAUGGAAGACUGGUUUGAGCGAAAAGUUUCUGUGAGAAAAGAUUCCCCUGGAUUUGAAGAUGACAACUUACCUCGAAGAAUUUCAAACUUAAUUCCCAGUCUUAAUAAUAAUCACCAUGAGUUACUCGAACUUGCUGCCUCAUUCCAAUCUCCUCCUGGUAGACCAGCAACCAAAUCAUCAAGUGUCGCUAGACGUGUGAGAGGUGUUCUUAGGCAGGACAACAAACCUAGAUUUGUAUCUGCAUUUUAUCAAUCCAAUUGCGGUGAUGUUAGUCCAAACGUGCUUGGAGCCUUUUGUACAGACACUGGACUACCUUGCGACUUCAAUCACAGCACAUGUGGAGGGAAGAACGAGCUAUGCUACGGCAAAGGACCUGGUUACCCCGAUGAAUUUGAAAGUACACGUAUUAUAGGGGAGAGACAGUUUAAAAAAGUAGCGGAGUUGUUUAACGGAGCAUCCGAACAGAUUAAAGGAAAGGUGGAUUUUCGACAUGUGUAAUUAGAUUUUUCCAAGCUCGAGGUAAAUGUUUCUAUCGCA